CUGCCAUCGCGUAGCAGACAGUAUCUUGAACGAUAGAAUCUCCCCGUAAAUCUUCAAAGCUGUCAAAAAAUCGCUCAUUCAAAGCCAUUAAUUCGCUUUUAACCAUGACACUUACUGAAAUUAUCUGUGAUUUGUGAGCGUGAAAUAUGUUGAGUUUUUUUGAAACUCGUAAAAUGCGAUCAAGAGUUGGAGAUAGGACGAACAAGUUUACCAUCUCAUCCUUGUGUGAUUUUUUAGUCAGGUGUGCCAUUGGCUGAACCGCGGUUCAUCAUCGCGGGAAGAGUUUUGAGUUAUUGUUGGUGGAUUUUUUUUUUGAGAAAGACUCGAGUGAAGAACCCAUGCGAAGGAACUCUGCACAGUUACAGCGAGUUAAAAUCGAAAUGCCCAAUUUGGAAUUUAUGAAUGCCAUCGGAAGCUGACUAUCAAUCAGCUUCUUCCAAGGGCGCUAAGAUGAGUUUCAAAAUGGAGAAGGAAAUGCUCAACGCUCAUGCCAACAAUCGAGGCAGGAGUCGUUCUCUGAGUGGACCAUGUAAGGAGCCUCUGUUACCGAGUAAACGCAACUCCUAUAGGAUGACACCAACCGGUAACAGGUCGCGCACCGUCUCCGAAACAAAUACGGCUGCACUGACAGCACCACUGACCGGUGAUGAUUGUCAAGAGGUGUCGAUACUCGAUGAGAAUGGAGACGGUGGACGUCUCCCGGAUGUCGUCGCCGAGAGCAGGCUCUGCGGCGGUGCCAAUGAACCUGUCGAAUCCUAUCUCGCUAUUACAAUUCAAGUAUUUAUUCCAUUUCUCGUUGCUGGACUUGGAAUGGUCGGAGCUGGUCUCGUUUUAGAUAUUGUUCAGCAUUGGGUAGUGUUCGAAAAAGUCAGUGAAUUGAUGAUUCUGGUACCAGCACUUUUAGGAUUAAAAGGAAAUUUAGAGAUGACUCUUGCCUCUCGUCUAUCCACCCAAGCCAAUCUCGGUAAUAUGGAUGCGCCCAAGCAACAGUGGUACAUGAUCGUCGGAAAUUUAGUACUGAUUCAGUGCCAAGCAAUCGUAGUUGGAUUCCUAGGAUCAGUGGUAGCGAUUGUGAUGGGUGCCUUCAGAAACGGCACAGUAUCGCUGGACCACACUUACCUUCUCUGUGCCAGCAGUCUCGUGACAGCAUCCCUCGCGUCGUUCGUUCUCGGACUAAUAACAGCUGGAGUCAUCGUAUUCUCUAGACACUGUCACAUCAAUCCUGACAAUGUGGCGACUCCCAUCGCAGCCAGUCUCGGGGAUAUCACCUCUCUGGCGUUGCUCUCCUGGAUCUCUACGAUCCUCUAUGAGGCGAUUGACAAGCAGGACUGGCUUGCACCCCUCAUUAUCGCGUGUUAUAUUCUCAUCACUCCCUUGUGGGUGUGGAUUGCCAAGAGGAAUAAAUACACUAAUGAUGUGCUUUACUCUGGAUGGACACCGGUCAUGGUUGCCAUGCUUAUCAGCAGUUGCGGCGGACUGAUCCUAGAAUUCAUGGUCUCGCGUUUCGAGAAUCUCACAGUAUUCCAGCCAGUAAUUAACGGAGUCGGUGGCAACUUAGUUGCAGUGCAAGCGAGUAGAAUAUCAACAGCCCUCCACAAACAGGCGGAUCUGGGAACCCUCCUAAUUCCACCAGGACACACCCACCCAGUAAUCUUCAUCACUCCAAUCGCGAAUUUCUUCGGAAAAGGUUUGCACGCGCGAACGACACGCGUUUUGAUGGCCAUGGUAAUCCCCGGCCACAUAAUUUUCAUCUACAUGAUCAAAUACAUGAAGGACGGUGACACAUCACUCACACCACUAUUCGUCUUCGUUUAUCUCUGUGCUGCAAUGCUCCAGGUUGCAGCACUCCUGUACAUUGCCUACAUCAUGAUCCACUGGAUGUGGAAGAGGAGAAUUGAUCCGGAUAACUCAGCGAUUCCAUACCUAACUGCCAUGGGAGAUCUCCUAGGUAUUAGUUUGCUUGCCAUAGCUUUCCAAUUUUUGUAUCUCGUUGGUGAUCAGGAGUACGACGACGAAGCUUUGAAGCCUUAGAGAAUAGCACCAACAUUUUCCUCGAUACGUGAAGAAAAUUAAGUGGAUCGUGGAAGAUAAUGGUUACAUGACUAAUCAACGCAUGACAAACUCAACACAAGAAUAAUCAGUCUUAUUUUGCGACGAAUAUAAGGACUUUCGGGGUCUGACCCAGCUACGUCGGGUCUACCAUUGAUGUUACGGAUCGGUUCUUUAGUGAAAAAGUAUGGAAUUUCAAAAAGAAAAUGAUGAACUUUCUGAAACUCCUCAUAUUUAAUGUAUUAGUUUGGUUUUUGCUGUGAAGAAGAUACAGCGGAGGUUAAAAAGGAGCACUCAUUGUUGGUAUACAUCACAGCAAUGUCAAAAGAGCCAUCAAACAGCAUUACUUAGACUACCGAACAUCAGCAGGGCCCCAGACGAGAAAAAAAUUAGUAGGAAAACCGAAUUCGAUAGAAAAUGCUAUCUUUCGACCGAUUCUAUUGAAGAAUUCUGCAGCUUUACUCCGCAUUUUUUCCACAGAAAAUGGCUAAUAGAAACCAUGUUAUAGAAAAAAAUCUAUAGAAUUUCACUAUCUACAGAAAUUUCUCUACAUCAUUUUUUUAGCUUUUUCCACUCUGUUUCUUCCUUAUUUAGAAAAAAAAAAUCAAACAACAAAACAACAAAAAUUAAGAACGAGGAAUUUCUACAGAAAGUAUCUCACUAGAAAAAACGAUAUGGAACAAUAUAAUUUCAUGAUUUUUUCUAUAGAAUAUUUUCCAUUGAACAGUUCUAUUAAAAAAACGCGUAAAUGAGCUGCAGAAGUUUUCAACAGAAUCGGCCAAAAGCUAAUAGAGAAUUCAAUAGAAUUCCAACAGCAUUUUCUAGCGAAGUCGCUGUUUUUCUACGAAAUUUUUCUUACGUGUGAUCGUAGGAAAUGUUUUCUGUGUUGAAUAGUCAUGGUACCACGAGACACAAUCACUCCGGAUAGUCGGAGGUCAUCAGGACCGAUGACAGCAGAUCCUAAUAAUCUUCGGCUCUCAAUAUGGCGACAGUUGAGACAUGCAACGAACGAGUAAAACCUACUUAGCUGUUCAAUGCAAUUACGGUUAAUGAAUGUUGUCUUAAAGUCGUUAACUAGCUGAAAAGUUUCAAUGGAACUAACGUAUCUUGGCAUAGUUGCCUUUGUAUCGACACAUCAGGUGAACGAAAAUCCUAGUGAAAUGGCCUUCGAUAUUUUCAGAGGAACUGUCCAUAGAAAUCAUCCCCUAAUCUGUAAAAAUUCCCCUCUAUUUUCAUAAUAGUAUCUACUGAAGUGAGCAAUGCCCCGAAAAUUUGAUGUACAACGUAUGAUAUUGACUAGUAAGAUCUCAUUGAGACUAGUCUCGAUGUAUAGUUUACGCCUAGAUCAAUGGAGAUCGCCAAUUUUUAUGAUAAUGCAGGGAUAGAAUCACACUCAGGCAAUCUAGUGGAACGUGCAAUGAUCAAAAAAUUCAUCUGUACCAUCGAGAGAGAUUAGAUCUCCAAGUGGUGUAGAUCAAGAGAUUGUAUAGAUUUUAAUUUAAGUAUUAAUUGAAAAAACUCAAUGUAAAUAUUAUACAUACACCUGAAUGUCACGUUCUUCUUGGGAGGACUUAUAUAUUUAUGAAUGAAGAGAAUGUAACAUUAGAGAAUGCAACACCAUUCACAUCGCGGAUUUGACGAUUGACUUUGAUAAAUAAAGCUCUCAGUAUUAUAUAUUUUGUAUAAACUUCAUGAUAAAUAAAUUGCCACGACGAAUUGGAGAAUACCAAGGAGCUACUUGUGCAUUUCCAAAACUAUUGAAUUGAAGAAAAUGUCAAUAAUCUGUGCCGUCGAAAGUACUUCCUAUCGAGUUCGAUGGAACGGACCUUAGAUUAGAUAUCUGUGCAAUACAAGAUCAAACAAAUGUAAAUUCGUCGUUGUACGCAAAAUAUUCAGUAUAUUUUUCAAUCAAAACAGAUAAUUUUUGAACGAAUCAUCAAUUUAUGCGGCACUAUAUAAAAUAGUAGAAGUUAUCUGAGUGAUAACAGCUUUGCUUGAUGAUGUUGCUUCAUACAGAGAAGACAAAGUGUCAAAACCUAAUUUUGAUAACAACAUGUUAACUGAUUUCUCAUCUGUACAAAAGAAAACAAAUAAAUGAUGAAUUUCAUUGUUCUAAUAACGUUUAAUCAAUGUGAAUAUAAAUAGCCAACGAAGUACAAAAAUAGUAGUUGAGUGAAUGAUAAUCAUGAAGGUGUAUUGAAUUUCGUCGACAAUAUUUCUCGAAAUAAACUGAUAAUGUUCGCGUAUUUAAGUAUAAACAAGGGUAA